UGAAGCCUCACCCCAAGACGACGGGGCAGCGCAGACGGCAGUCAUUAGAACAACCAGAGCCUGCGAGUCCCCAGCGCAGCUCCCACGAGACCGAACAGAUCGAGACCGCAACGUCGAAAGCCGCGGCCGGCGUCACCUUCAAGAUGGCGGGCCUGGAGCAUAACAAGAUGGCGAUGGACCCGGCCAUCCUCAAGCUGGGACAGAUGCAGACGAACCGCUACAAGUUCUUCCGAUGGACUCCGCGCACGGCAAAUAUCACGCUCAUGUACGUCGUCGUCGUGCCCGCCAUACUGGGCGUCAUCGCAUACAAGACAGAUGGCAAGUGGGAUUUCAGGGCAAAGAGGAAGGGAGACGACAUCCGGGAGUUCUAGAGCCAGGACGACCACAACAUGUACAUACGGCCUCCAAGACGAGAGGAUUGAAAAACAAUAACCUUCCGACUGCUCCCCAAUCUCGCCCAGAGUGUUCACAGCAUAUGUCUAUCUUGGUGGUCUGGGUCGGUUUGGGAGAAACCAUCGGGGACCGGCGUCUCUAUUUCGCACCGUCACUGCGCUUGAACCUUUUGC